CGCCCGCCAGCCCGCCAGCCUGUACCGCCAGCUCAGACCUCCCGGCUCGACUGGCUGCGCGGGCGGCGGUAAAAUGUCUGCUCCAGGAUCCUACCAGGCGGCUGCUGGACCUUCCUCGGUGCCAACUGCGCCCCCAUCCUAUGAAGAGACAGUUUCUGUUAACAGUUACUACCCCACACCUCCAGCACCCAUGCCUGGGCCGACCACGGGGCUCAUGACGGGCCCAGAUGGGAAGGGCAUGAAUCCGCCUGGGUACUACACCCAGCCAGUGCCCGUCCCCAAUGCCAAUGCAAUUGCUGUGCAGACAGUCUACGUGCAGCAGCCCAUCUCCUUUUUCGACCGCCCAGUCCAGAUGUGUUGUCCUUCCUGCAACAAGAUGAUCGUGACUCAGCUGUCCUAUAAUGCCGGCGCCCUCACCUGGCUCUCCUGCGGGAGCCUGUGCCUGUUGGGGUGCGUCGUGGGCUGCUGCUUCAUCCCUUUCUGUGUGGACGCCCUGCAGGAUGUGGACCACUACUGUCCCAACUGCAAAGCUCUCCUGGGCACCUACAAGCGUUUGUAGGACUCAGCCAGACCUGAAGGGAGCCGUGUGCUGCAGGAAGGCCUUUCCGACUCUCACCCAGCCCCACCCCUGGUGAAGGCUCCAUUUUGGUGGUCUCAUCUCUCCAGGGUCUCCACCUUCGUGUCUUCUCUUGGGGGGAAAAUGUCGCAAAAAUAACACACCUCCAAACCCCAGAAAUUGCUGCUUGGUGUCGUGCACAGGACAUGCAAAGACAUUCUCCUUGAGUGCUGGUUCAAGGGUUUCCUGCCUCCCCGUCUGUGACCCCAAGUCACCCCAUCCAGCUGUGACCAUUGUCCUGAGUAUCUUCUGGUGAUUUGCCACUGAUUUUUUGGCCUCAGUGGGCCUUUCUCUUGGUGGUCUCAAACUGAGAAGCCCCAGAUUGCCUUAGUUUUUAAACUGUUCUGGCCCUAGAACGGCUGAACCAACCUUUAGUGCCUACCGUCCUAGCCAUCUGUUUCCACUUCUGAUGACAAAAAUCUUGCCUUACAGUCUAAGGGCUUGGCUCUCAGAUUCUGUAACUGCAGGCCUUUAAAUAGCACACAAAUUCACUUUAAUUUCUUAAUUCAUUUUUAAGUACAGGGAGGGGUUAUUCACACCCAUCAGACGCAUAGCCAUGAGGUCAUAAACGCAGGCUAGGAAUAGAAGGCUGGGUCUUUUCACUGAUCUGCCUUCUUUGGACCAGAUCCUCAGCCACUUUCCACAAAGAGCUUUUUUUUUGGUAGAGGAAUUGUUUGUAUUAACAGUUUUUGUGACCUCCUUUUGGUCUUAAACACCUUUGAACAUAAUUUUGAAAGGAGGGAUUUAUCGAACUGUUAUCCCUAACCAUAUGUAUGACUGGUAUCAUUUUCCCAUUUGCCAAUGCACUCUCACUUUUUUUUUUUUUUUUUCUUAACAGAAAAAGUAACGGGGAUAAUUUCGUCUACUGCCUUUACUUGGGUUUAGUGUUGUUCCUAAAGACCUCCAUAAUGGAACUCUUAAAGCGGGUCCCCUUUUGGGUUCCUGGUGGAUAUGUGGAAAGACGAAGGAAAGCGUGUUUGAGCACGUCUGAGUGUCAUGGUGCUGAAAAGUGUGGGGACCUGACUGUUUCAAAGGCAUCUGAAGUCUGGAUUUUAUUUUUCAGAAAUCAAUUUGUUGUAUAACAUCUGAAGACAUGAUUUCUAGGACUGAAGCAGCAAGCCAGAGUUCUCUGUGCGCUGCCGUGUCAUCUUUGAAAUCAAGACAAAGCCGGGCUCGACUUUCAAGAGUCCCCAUUUUGAUACUAAAUAGGCACAGGGAAUGCAUGUGAAUAAUAUUAUGUAGAAAUCAAGCCUAGGCCUUGAACGAAAAUCUGUAUAUUGGUUCAAAAUUAUAGUCAUAACCCAUUGAUUCAGCUUAUUCGUUUGAUGUUUCGGAAGUUCCAGUAAUUAUUUUUGCAAUGACUAUGGAUACUACAUAGUACUUUGGUGUUAUCUGCUUUUCGAAAAUAAAGUCUUCUGUUCACUCUGUGAACUAUUCAUCAA